AUGGCCGAGCACCUUGGCUCACUCAGAGUAACCCGUCUAUCCGAUCCUCGACCCAACGACACGUUCCUCAUCAUCGACAAGUCCCAAAACCGCAUCCUAACCUGCCAGGAUGGGCAUCUCCAUCUUGAGCACCUAAACACCGACAAGCCCAUCUCAGAAUGUUCACAGUGGCUCUGCACCGAAAGGGAUGGCUUCAAAGGGUUCAAGAACGUCGCCGGACGAGGUUUUCUGGGUCGUGAUAUCUGGUGGGACUUUUAUGCCAAGGUUCCUCACCAUAAAGGGUGGGAAAGCUUCACGCUUAGUAGGCAAAAGGGUGGAUACUACUGGAUUCAGUGCCUUCACUGGUGGACGCUGUGGCAGGUGUCGGCGCGGAGUAAUGGGCGUGGUGUUGUUGCGGAGAGAGAUGGGGGGACCCUUUGGGAGUUUGCCAAGGUCCAUGAGUAG